CUUCUUCUCUCCAACUACUCCAUUACUUGCCUUCAAACCUCCUUUAAAUUAAACCACCACUCGCUUCUUCUUCUUCCUUGCCUGUCUCUCCUAGUUGAAACCUUCGCCGGCCGUUCCUUCUUCGUGAUCCGUUCAGGUAUACUUUACAUACUCCGCCGCCAAGAUGACUCAGUACGAUAACCAAUCAACAGGAGCACCAUCUUUCUACCCUCAACUGCCACAAUCAAGCGGCUCCUACGUUGUCGAAGCCCCACCGCCGAUCGGUUACCCGACCCGUGACUCCACCGCCCAGUUCAACGGCGCCGUUCCGGUCGAGACCAAGUCAAGGGGCGACGGCUUCUGGAAGGGCUGGCUGUGCUGCGUUGUGCUGCUGCUGUGUGUUGGACGCGUGUUUCUGAUUGAGGAGGCGUGACCAGAAGAAGUAAUCCCCAGUUGCUGAUAGUCUUCUUCUUCCUCGUCAUCAUCGUGGACCUGAUCGUCAAUACUUUAUUGUUUUGAUGUUAAUUUCUUUAUAUAGUUUCUGUGAUGAGUUUUUGUUUGUUUAUGAUUAUUAUGUAAAAUAAAUGUUGUUAUUUAGUUUGCCACCAUCUUGUUGGUGGAGCUUUGCUUUUGUGUAUAUUCAUCAGAUAGAAAUACAUUUAUUUGGCAAUUUAUGAAGUAUUUCGUGUUAA